AUGAGAUUGUCACUACUUAUUCAGUUGGUUCUGUUAAUCCGUUAUGCUUUUUGUGAUUAUUAUGACGUCCUUGGAGUAUCUAAAUCUGCCUCAAAUUUGGAAAUUAAGACAGCAUAUAGGAAACUAGCGAAGAAAUGGCAUCCGGAUAAGAAUCCUUCAGAUAAAGCAAACAAAAAGUUCAUUGAAAUAAAUGAAGCCUAUGAGGUACUAUCCAACUCUAAGAAACGGCAUGAAUAUGAUACCUUCGGAAAAGUCCAUUCAGAUGGGAGUGCACCUCCCCCUGGACAUUAUCCAUACCGUCACGAAUUUGUUCAUUCUUCGUUUGAAGAUCUUUUUAAUUUCUUUCCAGGGUUCAACCGUGCCCCACAAUUCUCAACCAAUGUCCUUAAUAUCGACUUUCGAAACUAUCGCUUAACCCAUCUCCCACGAUCUCGGACGGUGCCUUUGUUCAUAUUUGGUUAUUCUGAUUUUUGUUUCCCUUGUCGUCAAGUUCGUCCCAUUUGGUCACAAUUAGCAGAUGAGCUUACUCCGUUGGGGAUUACUGUGGCUAGUGUCAAUUUAGAACAUGAUUCUGCACUGCGUGAAGAGCUACGCGUAUUACAUGUUCCGAGUGUGACAAUAGUUGUUGAUGGACAGGUUUCUUAUUACUCUCGAGGUGAUUUCAGUCAUAGUAGUCUUAUUGACGCAUUAAGAAGUGCAAUUAUGAAAUCGAAUCCUUCACGGUCUAAGGCGUUACCAAUAUUUCUUAGCACAACAAUCGAUACACCAUUAAUACAAGGUAUUAGUGAUUAUGAUACAUUUAUUAAUACUUUUCAUUAUGGUUGGCGUCGUGACAGUCGACCCAGAAUGGUACUUAUUAAACCAUUAACUUUACCACCAUUACGGUAUUGUGUGGCUGCUUUCAGAGCAGCAGAUCAUUUAGCUGCUGGUUAUAUUAAUUCUGAACCUGGUAACAAUCAUAAUCUUGUUAACGAAUUCAAUGUAAAUCCAAAUGAGGAGACCUUAUUGAUAUAUCAUGAAGAUUCAAGCAUACCUGUCUAUCGUCAAUCAGCUACAAAAUUAUCACCUACUUUAUUGGAUAAUGCAAUGUUAACUUAUAGUCAAUUAAAUAUCCCUAGAAUAUAUAGUCGUGCACGACUGUUGGAUUUAUGCCCAACUGAUGGAAGUAAACCAACUAGUAAAUAUGCUUUAGAAUCAGAUAAACAUUAUAAUGAUCAUUCUAAUCAUCGUCAUUUAUGCUUAGUAUUAUUGUUAAAUUCAAAGUUAUCCAAUGUUGAACAAGUAAACAGUUGGGGUGAUAUAUGGUUAACUAUGUUACGUCAUACAUUACAAUUAUCUCAAACAGAUUUAUCAAAAUUAUAUCAUACAAAUCACCAUAGUUAUCAUUUUAUGCCUGUACAUAUUUAUGUGGAUCGUCAGAUUGGUUUAAUGCAAAAAUUAAGUACAUCUUCUACAUGUUCAAAUGAAUCGUGUAAUUUACUUAAUGAAGAUAAUAUGGGCCGUUUAGCAUUAAUUUGGCGUAUCAGUUCAACUGAAACAGUUUAUCAAUUUCUUCCCACUAAUUCAAUGUCUCAUCCAAGAACUCAUUUAAAUGAAAAAAUGCUGAAAUCAAAUGAUUUAAAAAGUUUAAUCCUGAAAUCUACUAAACAAAUGUAUACUGCUUUAAUGAAUGAUUUAGAAAAUAUUAUCCAGACAGUAUCUAUUAUUGACAAAGUAAUUAAUCCAACAAAUCAUUUCACUCAUUCAAUUGAUAAAGUGGUAUCUCAAUGGUAUCUACUCAAAGAUUGUAUGAUUGAGGAAUUAAUGAUUGAUGAAUUAGUAGCGUCAAUAUGGAUUAGAAUGAGAAUAGGCUGUUACAAAUUCUUGUGGAUAUUGGACAUUCAAUGUUUGACCUUGUAA